AUGCAUAAAUUAGUUCUACUUGGUGAUCCUGCUGUUGGAAAAACAACACUGUUGACAUAUUUCACAAUGGGAUCAUUUAAUCCACAACAUAAUCCUACAGUUGGAGCAGGUUGCUCAACUUAUCAGUACACAAAAGAUGAUAUUAACGAAUCAGUUCAGAUUUGGGAUACAGCUGGGUCAGAGAUAUACAAAUCUAUGGCGCCCAUAUAUACACGUGAUGCGUUUGCAGCCAUGAUCGUAAUUGAUUUAACUAACGAAAAAACACUCGAUGGUGUUGACGAUUGGAUUAAAUACCUUCAACCAGGCGUUCCUAUUAUUGUUGUUGGCAAUAAAUGCGAUCUCCGCGAUUCACGUAAAAUUAACCAUCUCGAAUGCUACGAAUUUUGCAAUAAACGUGGCUGCGACUAUUUAGAAACCAGCGCCUAUACAGGUGAAGGUGUAGAAAACGCAUUUCAAUCAAUUUUAGAUAGAGCUUUUCAAGUAAGCACAACACAACAAGAAUCUGUUGAUUCUGUUGAUUUACGCGGCACAAAGAAGAAGAAAGAAGGCUGCUGCUAA